AUGAUGAUAGAAGCCACAGACAUUGAUUUUCAAAAAUCCCCAACCAACUAUCUUAACACGCCUGAAAUUUCAUCUGAUAAACCAAAGACUUGCUCCAUUAUCAAUAUUAUUGCUAAUAAUAUUGAUCCUGUUACUACACAAACAUCUAAUCAAUUAUCUUCACCUAAGACGAUGUCUGCCUUUACCUUUCCUGAUAUAAAAAUCAAUUCGGCUCAUGAAAAAAAGAACCAAUCAAAAUUCAAGGUCGGGACUGAUGAUAAAGAACAGCAAAGUGAUCAUCAUGAAAAAGAAAAUAAGAUAUUUUCAGAUGACUAUGGAAAGUCAACAGGUGAAAAUAAAGAACAAGAAGAUGAAGAGCAACCUAAGAAGAGAAAAUGA